CUUGCUGUCUGAUUGGUUGAAGUACUGGAACUCGUCGGGUACUGCAUGGCACUGUACUGAGGUCUGGCCCGUUUAAAGGGACCGCAGCAGACAACUGACCAAAAUAAUAUUAUUAAGAAGACACCAUGGCCCAGAGCUUCACCCAGGAAUACCUUCAGAUCCCCGCGGUCACCAGGGCGUACACAACGGCCUGCGUGCUGACCACAGCCGCCGUGCAACUAGAAUUCAUCACUCCGUUUCAGCUGUACUUCAACCCUGAUCUGAUUUUUAAAAGAUACCAGCUAUGGCGGUUGAUCACCAACUUUCUUUUUUUUGGUCCCCUGGGAUUCAGCUUCCUGUUCAACAUGAUAUUUCUAUACCGAUAUUGCCGAAUGUUGGAGGAAGGCUCGUUCAGGGGCAGAACAGCAGACUUCGUCUUCAUGUUCCUGUUUGGGGGAGUCCUCAUGACGCUGUUCGGCCUCUUUGCGAGCCUGUUCUUCCUGGGCCAGGCCUUCACCAUCAUGCUGGUGUACGUGUGGAGCCGCAGGAACCCCUACGUGCGCAUGAACUUCUUCGGGCUGCUCAACUUUCAGGCCCCCUUCCUGCCCUGGGUGCUCAUGGGCUUCUCCCUGCUGCUGGGCAACUCCAUCGUCAUUGACCUCCUGGGAAUUGGAGUUGGCCACAUUUACUUCUUUUUAGAAGAUGUAUUCCCAAACCAGCCUGGAGGGAAGAAACUGCUGGUCACCCCAGGCAUCCUGAAAGCUAUUUUCGAUGCCCCGGAGGAGGAUCCCAACUACAACCCCCUCCCAGAAGAGCAGCUGGGAGACCCCACACAGGGUGCAGGGGAAGAGGGGGAGCAGAGAGGGGACAAUGCUGGGGGGCAGGAGCGCCCUCAAGACCAACUGGACCAGAACGAACAGCAGCAGCGAUAGCAGGGCCAGCCUCCUAGACGGACCUGCAAACUGACCGCAUACUGAGCAAGGGGACAUUUACAAACUGCUUGGAGACAAAUGCAUUAAUAGCCUACUGCACAGCUGAGUAGAGGACUGUAAGCAGGGGGUGAUAGUCCCUCUGCUGUAAUGUACCUCUCCUGGUAUCACUAGGGGAGACUGGAGAGAGGCAAUAGAGCUUCACACUGGAAGUGUCACGCUUUGGUUCGACCAGCAUUUGAAAAUGGGAGGCCAAUGUAGAGCACUGUGAUUGACUCUGUACUCCAUGUACAUGGAACAGCAAACCUGUUUAUUUCAUUUUCUUUAAGUGCUAGCUUACCGGUGCCAAUUGUGUGAGGUUUUAGUCGUUUUCUUGUUUCCAUGUGAGAAACUAUUUCUACCAUUAAACCGUGUUCCUGUUUUAAACCAGUUGCAUGGGACACUUGUGGAAAAAGUAUGGGCUUAAAUUUCCUACAUUUUCUUUUUCAUGGAAUGGAUAGCAGUGCACUUACAGCUACAGCUAACCAAGGCCAGUCAUUGGCUGGCUUGAGAAAGCCAGUGGCAGUGCCAACUUUGCCAUCUGUGAGAGGUUUCUGCAAAUUGAAGUGAGGAGAAGGGUUUAAGUUUGAAGUAUUUUAAAAUAAAUACAUAAAUAAUAAUAAUGAAAAUUAUGGAAGAGAAUGUGACCCCAGAGAAAUGUGUCAUUCUCUGUUUGGUUAGACUACCAUCGAUACAUUUAAUCCUAAGCAUGCAAGACACAUUCAAUGCAAAUGACCUGUAUACAGUAUUGAUCAAAACUGCAUUAUGGUAGAGCACCUUCCCCAAAGGGCCAAUUCUCUACUUUAAUUAAUCCAGCCUCCUGAAAGGGGGGUGGUUUGUAAAAUAAUCUGCAAGAGUUACUAACUGCCUUUUACAGAAUCCCCUUUGGCUAACACACAUUUUAAACUAUUUAUAGUUUGUUUAAAUUUUCAAUUUCAAUUAUUGUUGGCACCUUCAGUAAUGGACAGUUUUUCAGCCAAAUGAGAAUAUUAACACUUAUAAACUAUACCUACAGGGGUAUGAAUGGCAUUUUUGAAUGUCUGCCAUUAGGUUUAACACAGAAGGUUUGAAAGGUCUCAAUAGGUGCAACAGCUUUGUGUGUAACUGUUUACAGGCUAUGACAUUCCUUUUCAAUACAUCUGUGUUACAUAGCUCAGCCCUUGCGUCUACUUUCAUAGCUCAGCCCUUGCAUCUAUGUAUUUAUUAAACUGUGUGUUAUUUGUUGAUCCAGCACUCUGCCUCACGGUACUUUGAUCGGUAUUUCAAUAAACCCAGAAAAAUUGUUUUGACUUCCCAUAAUUUAGUUGUUAUUUUGCUUGGUCCCAUCUUCCACAAAUGGAAGUUCUCAAAGCUCUAAUCACUGCAUUGCCCGGACUGUGGAUUUAUUCACAAAUGUGCAGACUGCCAGAAAUUCACCUUUGCAGACUAGUUGUGUCAGCAGCUUUAACUCACUGACUGUGUGUGCAAAAAAACAACAAAAAAAAACCUGAAUGCCAAAUAGAAACAGCUUACAUCGAAUUGAUUGGGAAAACAUUACAAUACCAGUGGUACUCGAAUCCAUUCCAGUCCUGGUCUUUAUUCCAACUGGGUCCUAAAUUAGUUGCCUCUCAACAGCUUCAGUUAACUAAAUUUGAACCUGCUUGGAGUAAAAAACCUGGACUGUAUUAGAUCUCGAGGACCGGAGUUGAGUACCGGUGCAAUACUGUACUGAAAAAGUAACAUCAGCCACAGCAUUAGACAGAGAUGUCCGUACACGUUUAAUGGUAAUUUUUUUCUGUAACUCUGUAUUAAGCUGUUCCAUUUUAUCACAUAAUCUUUUUUGUGCCUAGACUUAGAUCCUGUAAGGACCACUGGUGGUUUGUUUUGUUUUGGUAAAGUUGAUUUUAAACAGAGCCGCCUAAAACAAUGCAUUAAGAUGAUGUCACCAAUGGGCUGUUUCCCAAUAACACAGUAGAUUUCCAGUGAGGUGCAGUUGCUUCCAGUUUAUCAUGUGUUUCCCCAAACCCGUCGAUAUUCUGCAGAUCAUAGUUUGGUUUAUAGGCAUCACUUAAUGGUCUCCACUAUGUUAAAGUGCAGAAUAUUUCAUGGUAACCCCCCCACAAAUACAAUCAUCCCAGACCACUCUUGGACUUAAGUAGAAGUUUAAGAAUGUUUUGGGGCAUGUAGAAGUUUCAGGAAACAGUUUUGGUUUGGAAAAGUUGUUCCAACAGGGCUCCUUUGAUGUUGAUAAAGGUAAAGUAGCUGCUGGGAAACAGCCCAUUGGUGUUUAAAGAUGACCACGUAGGUUUUACCUGUUUGUUGAAUUAAUCUGUGAUUCCUCAGUAUCAGCAUGCUACAAGACUGGGCCCAAUCAGGACAACAAAAGUGAUUAUGAACAUGACCUAAAAGCAGGUCAUAAUGUUUUUUUUGAUCUGCAAGCCUUUAAAAUAAAAUCUUUUAAAAACUA